CAUUUCAUCUCGUCCUCCACAGUUAAAUUGUCGCUCCCCACAAAAAGGCUUAGGGUUAGGGUUUCUCGCAGCCGCAGAGAAGAAUCAAAGCACCAUGGCGGCGCCGGUGGAGUCUGUUCAAUGUUUCGGCCGUAAGAAGACGGCGGUGGCAGUUACACACUGCAAGCGUGGACGCGGCCUGAUCAAGAUUAACGGCGUUCCCAUCGAGCUCGUUCAGCCAGAAAUCCUCCGCUACAAGGCUUUCGAACCAAUCCUCCUCCUCGGGCGUCACCGCUUCGCCGCAGUUGACAUGCGCAUCCGCGUCAAAGGAGGAGGUCACACUUCUCAGAUCUACGCCAUCCGCCAGUCCAUCGCGAAAGCUUUAGUUGCGUACUAUCAGAAAUACGUUGACGAGCAGUCUAAGAAGGAGAUCAAGGACAUCCUCGUUCGCUAUGAUAGGACUUUGCUUGUGGCUGAUCCCAGGCGCUGUGAGCCAAAGAAGUUCGGUGGUCGUGGUGCCCGUGCUAGGUUCCAGAAAUCUUACCGUUAAGUGCGUUUAUUACAGUUUUCAUUAUAUGGAAAAAACUAUGGUUUUGGUUUAAGGUUUCAGUUAUCAUUAAUGUUUUGGAUAAUUGAGCUCUUGUUGUUUCGUAUUAAGGACCAGUUGAGAGGACAGAUUUUGUUUCUAAAUAGUCGUUUAAUUAAGCUGUCUUUUUUUUUGAGAUAAGUAUUAGGA